AUGCCGGUCCAACUUCUGCCGGCCUCAGCCGCUGCCUUUGCCCCCAGGGCUUCAUCCGUCAACGUCGUCCUGAGCUCAAGGGUUGAGCCAUGGCUUACACAGACACUCAAGCGCGUCAACCGGGUCAAGCGUCCUCUCAACAGCAUUCCUCAGCACCACCGAUGCCUUACCGAGACUCUGUCAUCGCCAAAUGCCAUCUGGACCCUGUGCUCAUUAAUGUUCCCCAAGCUGCCCCAGGCCGAGAUGCCAGAGGACCCCACAGAGAAUCUCUUCAGCCAUCAGCUCAUCCACAUCGAGGCCUACAUCGUUCACGUCGACAUGGUCCUGCGCAACGAGGUUGCCUACAAGCUCACCGUCGAAACCAUUGACGCCCUCGUCGAGUACCACAAGGACAUUUACUGCGUUGAUGCCAAGGCCAACACCUACGACUGGUCUGAGAAGGAGCAGCAGUGCAAGAAGCUGCAUGAAGACUUUGUGCAGGCUGUCAACAAGUUUGUUUUCCGCACACACGUCUCUGCCCUGGAAGGUCUUGAGGAGGAGGGCGCUGGCGAGCUGCUCAACGGAAAGAGCGAGGAAGUCAAGACGAGCCUCAUGAACCUCAUGAAGCCGCUUCUGCCUCCUCCCCCUCGUGUUGUCGAAGUCAUUCGACAGCCGCCUCUGCUACCCAGCUCUCCUCUUGCCAACAUGUGGACACAGGCUGGCCCUCCUCACAUCAUCCCUGCCGCCGUUGAGCCUUGGCAAGUGUUGCCCUCGAGCCCCAGCGUUACUUCAUCUGUCGACUCGGUCAACACUCCCAUCUGGGCCAACAUGGGCAUGAGCGAUGUGCAGCUGCCAUCUCCUACGCCUUCAUUUAGCUACCCGCACUCCACUGCCGAGCUUUUCUUCAGCCCGCCAAUCAUGGCACCCAUUCCAGCUCUCCCUCUCCCGAGUGUCUAUGCGCCGUCACAAUGCGGUGUCAGCGUCGGCAUGGGCAUGGGCGGCUUUGGCUGGGAUCGCUACCAAGAGUACGCCACGACGAUGUAA